AAUUCAACAAAAAGGAAGCAUAAACAAAAUGAAAAAGAGAAUUUGCCGAAAAAAAAAUCCAAAUCGACAAUUACUCUUUUUUGUAUGCUUAAAGAUGAUAGCCCAUCAUCUGCAUUUCCAAUAGAAAUAGAAGAUAGUGAUGUCGACGGGUUUGCUAACCUUACGCUUAAUGAUCGGGACAUAUUUCUUCUGACAAGCAACUUAAGUAAAUAUUUCACGAAGGCGCCUGCUAAAGAACAUAUACACGUAAUUGUUUCUUUAACAAAAAAUAAUAAUCGAGAGCAGGAGCUUCGGGAUCAAUUAACAGAAUUACAAAAGAAGAUCUGA